AUGUCGCGCCCGCACGAUCCCAGUGCCGCCCGGCCGCACCGCCACCUUCCCCGCGGCCUCUCUAGAUUCCUGGGUCGGUUGGUCGUACUCGCUAUAGUGCUCUCCUUCGUCUACGUAUUAGCGCUGCUGACGCGUCCCGCGUUCUUAUUCCGUCCCGCGGCGCCUGAGCGGCAGGCGACGGCGCUGCCGCAGAGCGGGUGCGAGACGGCGCGCAACUGCACGGGGACGCUGCUGGACCGACACGUGUACCUCAAACACGACGCGGAGUUCAGAUGGAAGGACACGGGGCAGCGCAUGCGCGGGCGGGAGAAGGGGGGGAGGUGGACGGGGUACAUUCUGGAGGUGACGCUGCACCGCUGGCUCAAUAGGUCCGCCACCAACCGCCACGUCUGGUGGCACUUCAUGACUCUCAUGGCACCGGACCGCAUGAGCAGGGCGCACAAGGGAGUGGUGAUGUUCUUCGUGGGGGCGGGGUGGAGCGUGCAGAACAAGCUGCUGCUGCCCAAGAAGGAUGAAGGCUUCUUCCGCCUCGCCGCCCCCCUGGUGGUGGACUUGGGCAUCCUGGGAGUCAUGCUGGACCAGGUGGGAGUCAUGCUGGACCAGGUGCCCAUGAUGCCCAUAGACUUCUACAUGGGGCCACCCGGAGUGGGCAAGGCGGUGAAGUUGCAGGAGGAGCAGAUCAUGGCGCACGCGACGGCCAUGUUUCUGGAGAACCCGAGCGACUACGAGUGGGCCAUGGAGUUCCCGAUGGUCAAGUCGGUGGUGCGCGGCUUCGAUGUCGCCCAACUCGCCACCCGCGCUCUGCUGCCCUCCGUGCCCGUGGAGGGCUUUGUGAUGAUCGGUGUGAGCAAGAGGGCUCUUUGCUCCUGGCUGGCUGCCGCCCUUGACAAGAGGGUGGUGGGGAUCAUAUCGUACGGCUACGAUUUCUUCAGCAUGGUGGCGAGCUACCGCCACAUGUUCCGCUCGCUGGGCGGCUGGCCCAUCCUGCUGCGCUUCCACGUCGAGUACAACAUCACCCUCAAGAUCCUCCAGCCGCAGUUCAACAGGUUCAUGGAGCUGGUGGACGCGUACAGCUACCGCGAGCGCCUCACCAUGCCCAAGCUCAUUGUCUCCGCUGCCAACGACGAGUUCUUCGCCCUCGAUGACAGCUACAACUACUGGGAGGGGCUACCAGAGCCCAAGUUCCUGAAGCUGCUGCCCAACAUCGACCACAUGGUGCUGCACUCCUCUCAGUGGGGCUACGACGCCUGCAUGUCCUUCUUCCUCGCGCUGCUCCACCACACCUCCUCCUGCGCCGCCCUGCCCCCGUCCAGCCGCCCCUCCCUCACCUGGCGCCCACCCACCUCCCCUUCCUCCUCUCACCAACCCUCAUCUUCACCCCCCUCCUCUUCCAAUCCUACCGGCAGCAGCAGCAGCAGCAGCAGCACCAUUGGGAGGGCGGGGCUGUUCUCGCUGGCGUUGGGGGGGCGCCCUGCUGCCCCUCCGCUGCUGCUGCCUUGGACCUGCUCCCCUCUGCUCACUCGCGUGCUCUGGCCCAAGCUUACGUGGCGCUUUGAUUGGCCCUCCUACACCAUCCAUGCCACGUCAGAGGUUAAGCCUGUGGCUGUGCAAGCAUGGACUGGGAAGACCUUCAUGGGCAGCAAGCGGCGCGACUUCCGGUUCAUUCUGCACCAAGGCAGGACGGGAUGUGUGCUGCCGUUCCAGGGCCCGGCGGGGAGCUACGUGAGCAGGCUGGGGAAGCUCUGUGUGCAACCCAUCGCCUUCUUCCAAGAUAAAGUCACGCCCCCUACAAGGAAGGACGAUGGCAAGUGGCAUUUCAGCGCCACUGUCAGCGACAUUCCCAAG